AUCAUCCUGUGGGGUCGAACUGAGAAAUGCCUGAAGGAGACCACAGAGGAAAUCAGGAUGAUGGGGACAGAAUGCCAUUAUUUCAUUUGUGAUGUAGGAAAUCGAGAGGAGGUCUAUCGGCAAGCCAAAGCUGUGCGGGAAAAGGUGGGUGAUAUCACUAUCCUGGUGAACAAUGCUGCUGUGGUCCAUGGUAAGAGUCUGAUGGACAGCGAUGAUGAUGCAUUGCUCAAAUCACAACAUAUAAACACCCUGGGACAGUUCUGGACUACCAAAGCAUUCCUACCAAGGAUGCUGGAGUUGCAGAAUGGACACAUUGUUUGCCUGAACUCUGUCCUGGCCUUGUCAGCCAUCCCUGGUGCCAUUGACUACUGCACCUCCAAAGCCUCAUCCUUUGCCUUUAUGGAGAGCCUGACGUUGGGGCUGCUAGACUGUCCUGGAGUGAAUGCCACAACAGUCCUGCCCUUCCACACGAGCACAGAGAUGUUUCAGGGCAUGAGAAUCAGGUUCCCUAAUCUUUUUCCUCCCCUCAAGCCAGAGACAGUGGCUAGGAGGACAGUAGAAGCCGUUCAGAUGAAUCAAGCCUUCCUGCUCCUUCCAUGGACAAUGCAUGUUCUUGUUAUCCUAAAAAGCAUUCUCCCUCAGGCAGCACUUGAAGAAAUCCACAAGUUUUCUGGGAGCUAUACCUGCAUGAACACUUUUAAAGGACGAACAUAGACUUGAUGGUGCAAGGACUAUUCUUCAGUGAAACCAACACAAGCAUGAAAAUCCUGACAAGACUGUGAAUCAGCAGUCUUGGCUUCUAGCCUGUUCAUGUGACUUGCACUGCUCUGAGGCAACACAUUUCUUGCAGGUCAUAUCCAUAGUAACAUGACCUUUGCACAGGAUUGAAUGACUAGACUAUGGACCCUUGGAAAGAAAAACAAAAGAGUGUGAAAUGUUUAUAUGAUGUUUAAUUCUUUAGAGUUCAAUUGUUAAAUCUACUCAUAGUUUUAAGAUGUAAUUUUUGUUUCUAAAGUGUCUGUAGGCUGUCUCAGCUGAGAGGCAGCACGUCACACCCUAUACUUUAUCCCUUCUCUUCAGAGGAACUGCAGUUACCAACUGCUACUGGUUUCAUUUCAGCUUUUUGAAUGGGGAACUUAAAAAUACUUUGAAGAACUAAAAGUUAUGGACAUUUAAUGGAAGCUUCCUUUCCUUCUUUCACUUCACAUCCGUUGAUGAAACUGUUCCCAGCUCACAUCAGGGAAGGAGCUAACUGUGAAGCAAUGUUUUCUUUGUUAAAGGCCACCCAGGACUUCUGUCUGGAAGGACUGUGCUGGGCCCAAGAAAGCUGUCUCACUUCACCUGUGAAGGCAGGAGAGGAAUGCUCAGUCAGAAGAGCAGGCAGUUUGAACAGUGGAAGAUUCUUUCUGUCACUGAACUCAUAUAUGAAAUUUAAUUGUCUUUCUGAAUAUUUUUGUUCAUUUAUGAU